AUGAUAUUAAAUUCUUAAAAUAUAUUAGAUUUGAUUAAAACAGAUAUUAUAAUUUUAGAUGACCCAAAACUUUUAUUUAAAAUGAAACCAAAAAUACCAUUAUUAGUUUAAAAAUUUAAAACAUUCAAUUUUAAUUAUAAUAAAUUGAAAACUUUAGUAAAAAAUAUCUCUCGAAAACAGAACUAAAAUGUAAACAAAUUAUUAAUAGAUACAAAUAGAUUAUAAACAUAAGAUGAAAUGAAGAAUUUUGAUAUUGAUAUUUUAAUUUCUGAAAAACAAAUUCCUGAACUAAGAAAUUGUUCAGAUAAUUUGUUUAUUUCUAAUUAUAUAUAAAAAUCAGAAAGUAUUCAAGAUUAAUAGUAAAGCGAUUUAAAAUAAAUUGAUACAAAAUUUAGCAAUUAUUUUGGGAUAAAAAAGAGUGCUAGAUAUAUUUUUGAUACUUCAUUUAUGAAAUAUUAAAAUAAUAUAUUAUUUGGAAGCAGUAAAGAUAUAUCAAAUCACAAUAUAUCUUAUAAUUCUCAGGUUGGAUUGCAAAAAUCAAAAAGUUAAUUUAUGAAACCAGGUACAAUAAUUAAAUUAAAUCAAGUCACUAAUCAAAUGCCCUAAAAAAAAUAAAAUGACUUAAGUUCAGAUAAAUUUUUAGGUGAAAGUUUAAAUGAAUAGGAUUUUAUUGAUAUUCUUUACAGCAAAGAUGAUAGAAUAUAUAAUGAAAUUUUACUGAUGAUGCUAUUAACAAAUAAUGUAGUAAGUGUUUUUAAUGAAAAAUUAAAUAAACUUGAAUUUAUCUUUGAAAAUAGAUAUGAUGAAUCUAUUCUAUAAUUUUGUGAAAUACUUGAUUAUAGUUUAAUUUGUUCAAAUGAAUAAGAGAUUAAUAGACAAGAAUAUAUUACCAGAAAAAUUAUUAAAAAAGUAAUUUCAAUAGCUAACAAUUCAAAAGUAUUUGAGGUUUUAACUUUUUUAGAGCUUACAGAAAAUAGAAAAAAUAUUUUAUCAGUAUUAGUAAGAGAUCCAGAAUCAUUUUUAUUGGAGGAAGGAGCGCUGUUAUACACACGAAUUGAAACUAAUAAUUAGUAAGAAAAUAAAUAGAAUGAAAAUUUGUAAGAUAUGAGUUGGGAAGGAUUAAAAACAUUUUUAUAUUCUAAAAGAUAAUUAAAAUAAUCUUAAACUAAUGAUAUUUUAAAGAAGUUAUUAGCUAUUUCUGAAACAUAUGGUAAUAGAUCUUAAGAGAUAGAAAAAUUAUUUAUUGAAUUAGAAUCUAAAAGUGACCCAAUAUUUGCUAUAGGAAUUUCAACAACAAAAUAAAAGUUAUUAUAAAAUUCAUCCUAAGAACUAAUUGAUGAUUAAUUUAAAUAGGAACGAAUUUAUUCAACUUUAUAAAAUUAUAACAUUAAACUUUGUAUAAUUAUACCAGAUUCUCUAGAUGAUUUAAAGCUAAUUUAAUGGAAUCAUCAGGAACUGUAUGAUAUUUUAAUUAGAUUUAGGAAGGGAAAAUGUUAGUAAGUGAUUAUACAAAGAAUUUGGUUGAAUCUGAAUAUGAUGACUUUAACUUUGAAUAUGCAAAAGAUGUUUAUAUUCAAUCAAAAGAUAUUACAAUACCAACUUUUUUUGUUUCACUUAAUGAUUAAGACUUUUACGAAGAAACCUGAAUUUAAGAGAAUUUGGAAUUAUAUAUAUAUAUUUAUAUUAUAAUAAUAAUUAUGAGCUAAAAUCAAGAAAAAGUUGAAUCAGAACUUUUUCAAAUGUACCAGAAUGCUAUUGAUUUACUGGAAACAGAUAAAAUUUAAGAGGGCAUAGACAUUCUAAAGAAAUUAAUGAAUCAUCCAUCUAUUAUCAAUUAAGAGGAAAAAAAGAUUCUUUAUGGUAUUUACAUCUCUUUGGCUGAAAUUUUGGCACAGAGUAAUAAUGUUACCGAAAAAUGUGAAGCUUUGAAUUAUUACUAUGAAAGCACUUUAAUAGUUGAAAAUUGUUGGCAAACAUAUAGGAAAAUGUCACUUCUAUUUCGUCAACUUGGAAUGAUGCCAUAAGCUUUAAAUUUAAAUUUAAAAGCGUAAUUUAUAAUUUAUAUAUUUAUAGUCUUUAAUAUUGCACAUCUUGUUCACUAAUUUAACCUCUUUUAUAUUAAGCUUGCUGUAUUAGCUUUUUAUUGAAUAAUUGGGAAUAUUUUAAUAAACAUUUUAAAGCAAUGAAAGAUGAUACUAAUUUAAAAUAAUCUAUAUAAGAACUCUAGAAUUAUCGCAUGCAUAAUUAAAAAACAACUUUUGUUAAUGCCCUUUUAUAGGAAUAGAAUUAAAUUGAACCUAAACUUAGCUUAUUACCUUAAAAUUAAAUUUAUUAAUUUCUUUAAGAACAAAAACACGAAUAAGAAAUAUUCUUAGAUACAUACAACGUUAAAAAAUUUUUUAAAGAUAUUAAAAAUUUGUUUUAAAUAAAUUUAAACCUUAAGAAAAAUCCAUUUAAAGAGAAUUUUCUUGUUUCUAGUACAAGAAUUAUAGUUUCAACUAUUUCUAAUAAACAAAAAAAGUAAUAAGUAUCAAAAGAAUUACCUAGUCAAACAUUUAAAUAAUUUGAAAAAUAAAAAUCUAAGCAAUCUUAUAUCUAAUAAUAGUUUAAUUUAGAUUAAAUAAUAUCUAAUACGAAUAUUAAAUUAAUAGAAAUAAUAAAAUAAAAUUAUGGUUUAGAUUUCUUUUCAUUAUCAAUAAUAAAUAAUAACUCUUCUAAAAUUUUGAAUGAGCAGAAUGAAAAUUCAGAAUGCAUUGUAGCAAAAUUUUUAGCAGAACAAUUAAAUAAUUAAAGUUUUUUAACUGUUGUUGAACUCUUAAAGAAAUUAAUUUAAUUGACACUCAAAGAUUUUGUUGAUUCUCAAAAAGAAUAAAUUGAAAAUUAUAAAUAAGUAUCAAAAGGUUUAAUUAAUUGUGUUGUUUGGGCUCAAUAUUGCACAAAUAAAUUAGUUGAUGAUCCAUUCUUAAAUUUAUAAUUAUUAGAAAUAGCAUUUGAUGAAUUAAAAUAUCGAUUUAACGAAAAAAAACCAAAAUCUGCAGAUGAAUAAAAUAAAAUAAAGAAUUACUUACGUUUCAUUAAUAAUAUGAAAUUAGAAUUGUUAUAAACUGAUAUUAGAAGCAUUUUAAGUGAUAAAGACGAAAUUAAAGUUUAUUUAUAAAAGUAUUCUAAUAUUAUGGCAAAUAUUCACAGUGAUAUACAUUUUUUUUAAGCUAAAUUAGCUAAACAUUUUGCUAGUUAAUUGAAAAACUCUAAAUUGAAAGAUUUAAUUUAUGAAAAAAUAGAAGCAAAUUAAAUUCAAUCUGAACUCAAAACUCUUAAGUAAGUUCUUUAAAUUUUAACAUUAUGGGAAGAAAGAGAACAAUAAUUAGAAGACAAUCAAAAAGUAAGAACAUAAUUUAAGUAAGUUGUUGAAUAUAUAUAAUAAAAUAUGAACAAUAAUAUACUAAAGAGAUUGUCAAUCAUAUUUCUAAAUUAAUUUUAUUUUGCAAAUUAACUUUAAGAUUUAAAAAUCAUAUACAAAUUUGUAUCACCAUUUAUAUUAGAAAUUUUUAAGUUACAAAUUACUGAUUUAUAAAUUGGAUUCAUUUUGCUUAAAUUUAUUCUUAUUUAUUCUUAUAUUGAAAUUGAUCCAAGUCAAAUUUUGGCUAAAUUUACUGAGAUAUUCUUGAAUUCAGCAAAAGGAAUAACUAAAUAUUAAAUUUUAUUAGAAGUUCUUAAAAUUAAUCAUCUAAAAUUAAAUGAGUAUUUUUGUUUUAUCAAUAUUGAUAUUUUAUUAAAAGAAUUUAUUGAAAUAUUAACAACAUCGAAAUAGAAGUAUAAUUAAUUAGUGGAGUAUUUACGAACUAACAUAGAAAGCGAUUUAGAAAUUAAUUAUUAUUUACUACAUUUACUAGAAUUAAAAAUUUAACAUACUGCUUAAUUUAUUGUUCAACCUAAUUAAUUAAAAAUUGAAAUUAAUAAAUUUGAAUCAAGAUUACCAUAACCAGAUUCUUUUUCUGAUGCUUCAGAAGAUGAAUUAGAGGAACCUUGCAAUUAUUCUAAUAAAUACAAAAAUCUUUGUCUAGUAGAUAAUUAAAUAGAAUCAUCUUUUAAGAUAACUAAAAAAUUAUUCUAAUUUUCUAAUAAAACUGUUGAAUUUCUAAUUAAUCAUUCUGUUUAAAUAAAUAUUGGAGAUCCUAAAAUAAUCAAUCAUAUUAAAAGAUUUGCUAAAGAAUGUAUAAAAUGUGAGUUUGGUAUGAGUACAAAUGAAUUAAGUAAUUAAUUAUAUCAAGUGGUAAUCUAAAAAUAUUAUUUUCAACCUGAACUCUAAAAUGAGAUAACAGAAGUAGAACUUGAAUUUUUUGGUCUUGUUUUGCCACAUUGCAUAAAAAGCGUUUCAGAUUUUAAGUAAAUAAAAGAAAAAUUGUUUUUCAAUAAAAUUAUAUCAUCUUUGAAUAAACAAAUUGAAUAGGAAAUUUUGGAAUUCGUAGAAGAUUUAGAAGUGUACAUAUUUGAUACUAAUCAAGAUUCAACUAAAAGUUUUUCAAUUAAUGAGCAUUAUAAAAAGAUUAUAAGUUUAAAAAUUGAAAGUACUCAUAAAUCUAAUUUAUUUUACUUAUUAUAAAGAAAUGAAUAAAUUCAUGAUGAAUUAAGCGAAUUAGAAUUUAGAAAUUUUUUCUUUGCUUUGGCUUAUAAGAAUUCUAUUUCUCUCUGGAAUGAAUUCUAUAUAGCUUUAUUCGAGUAAGCGAGUAAUUACUUAACAUAAAAGUAAAAGUCCGAAAUAAAUUGGUUUAAUUGUUAAAAAAGAGUACAAUAAAUAAUUAAGAAUUUUCCUGAAUUAGAUUUUUUAGAAGAACAUUUUAUAAUUUUAGAUCUUUUGCAUCUUUAGUAAUAAUAAUAAAUUUAUUAAAAUACAAAUUCUGAAAUUCAUUUUGAGUAAAUUUAAUAAGAAUAUAAAUAAUUGUUCAAUAAAAGAUAAAUGAUUCCAUCCAAAGUUUUUGAAUUAAAACAUAAUUUUAGAAUAUUGUAGUUAUAAGAAAAAAGAAUUAUGAGAAAACUUUAUUGUGUUACUAUUGAAGAUAUUGAAUAAAAUUUGGAAAAUAUUUAAACUCUCAAAUCUUUGAUUAAACAAAUGAACUAUCAUAAAAUUGAAUAUUUUCUUAAAUCUAGAGAAGGUUAAGAGGAAAUGGAAUAAGAUAUAUUGAUAUCAAUUUAUAAAUUUAUCAAAAGAUUUUUAAGACAUUAAUUGUAUAUUUAAUUGAAUUAAUUGAUAAAAGUAAUCAAGAAAAAACUUCCUAAUUUAUUGAAUUAAGCUUAAGUUUAGUUUUAAUUUUAAUUUGAACAUGAUAAAAAAAACUUUAAAGUAAAGCAUUUUUAAUAAGAUUAAUUAGAAUAGGAAAAUAAUGAAACUUAUUGCAUUUAAGAUGUUAACUUAAUUUUAAACAACAUCUUAGAUGAAUUAAAUAAAAAUAAAAAUAGAUUUAUAAAAAAAUAACCAUAAAGAUAUUUAAUUGAGUCAUUUUAUUACUCUACUCAUUUAUUAUUUCACAGUGAUGCUUCUAUUGAUUAAGUUUUUAAUUCUAUAUAAACAAUAUAUUUACCAAACACUAAAGAUUUAGUUUAUUAUUACAAAUAUAUUGAUCGAUAUGCAUUUGAAAAAGAUGAUCUAUUUAGUAAUUAUUAUUUUCAUGAAGUAAAUUUCAUAUAUUAAAGAUCUAAAUUUUUGAAAUUAAUUUUAAAAAUUUUAUUGAAAUAAAAAAAAUAUAAAGAAAUAUUAUCAAUUUUAGAUAAACUUAAUAAAUCAUAUGAUUUAAAGUUAACUUAAGCCAGUUUUGGAUUAUUGACAUAAAUAAAAAAUAUUGAUGAUAAAAUAUUGAUAAGAGAUAUUAUAAUGAAAAUUGAAUCUUUAAGUAAGUUUAUUGAUUUUUUCAAAGAAGAAUAAAUUCAAUAAUAAUUAGCUUAAAUGUAUUUGAGAUUGUAUGAAAAGGAGUAAUAAGAACAAUGUCUAAUUGAUUUUGAAGACGAAACAGAUUAAAUAAAAGUUGAAAAAGGUAAAAAAAUUAUAGAGGAUUUUAAAGCAGCAAGAAAGAAACCAACAAAAUUAAAAGAAAAUUUAUAGAUUUCAUAAUAAUAAUUUUAAACUUAACAAUCCUAAAUUUAGAAUUAAUAGUUAUCAUAUUAAAGUGAAUAUUAAAAUGAUGAAAUAGGGUAAUCUAAAACCUAAGAAGGAUCUCAUUCACCACUUAUAGAUUUAGAUGUUGUUUGA